AUGGGAAUCAUCACUGCGGAGAGUGCUCCGGCGCACGGCGCGCACCGUGCCGACUCCCUGGGUCAGCUAGACCAGGUGUCUGGUGUUCUGCCGAAGGGUCAAGAAACGAGUCGCGAAGCCGCGGACCGUUUCCUCCAGAGAUUCGGCACACGAAUGCUGGAUGCAGCCCAGCGCGUUGCGAGCAAUGCGUACGCCCCGUACACGGGGAUCAGAACUGGUUGCGCUGUCCUGACAGACAGUGGACAUGUCCAUGCAGGUUGCACGGUGGAAAACGUCGCGUAUCCCAGCUCGCUAUGCGCCAUUCACUGCGCUGUCUCGGCAGCAGUAUCUUCGGAGCUCGGGAGGCAGAGUCGCCUGGAAGGACACGUUGUUGCUUGUGUCGUCGUCGAAGUGGUCGACGAGGACGGGCAAGGGACGGGCGAUAACGCAAAGGAAGUCCAUGGUGAAAUGAGCACCGGCGCCGCUCUGGUGAAGCACCGAGCGCUGCAGCGCAUGACCAUCCCCGGCUGCUGUCGUCAGUGGCUGCGCGAAGUCCAGGCGCCCGGCACGGACGUCGAAAUUCUUUUUACGCGCUUUCGGGCCCCGAGUGUCCCCUCAGGCGAGGCUGUGCCCGUCGGCGAAGACGCGGAGAAGGCGAUUAAGCGACUAAAAGCAGCCUCCCUCGUGUCUGAGAACUGCCUGUCAACCCGAGUUGACUGCCUCAGCCAUGUGCUGCCGCACGUGCGCGGGCAAGUGCAUGCGUCCGGCCUGACUGGCAGCAGUCGGCCAAAUCUCGCGACUUUGAGUGACUCGAACUGGUUCCGCAUGAAGGCUGAGGUGACAAUGAAUGAUGACUCCCCAGUUCCUCCAUUUCUGCCCGGAAUGAUCCACAUGCUGACGAUGGCUCUUCGUCGCACCUACUGUCCGUACUCGGAGUUUCCCGUCGGAGCUGCAGUCCUCACGGACAAGGGUGUUUUUACUGGCAGCAACGUUGAAAACGAAGUGCUCGCUCUUGGGAUGUGCGCGGAGCAGACUGCCAUUGCGAAUGCCGUUGCGAGCGGCGCUAAGGAGAUCCUUGCAGUCGUGGUGGCCUGCCAGAACUUCGUCCAGUGCUUUGGAAGACCUUGCGGACAGUGCAGACAGGUGAUCGAAGAAGCUGACAAGAUGGCCGGCGGAACCACCAAUGUCACUGUGUAUGCCUGCCGCCGAAUUUUCCCUGAUCACAUGUGGUGGCUCUACGGACAUCAGGCAGAACAGGAAGAUAAUCUCAGAUAA